ACAGAGAUAAUAUUAUCAAUUUCCAUUCAUUAAUUUCCCUGAAGUAAUUGAAAUGUUCUCUUAAUUUGCAGUAUAAAUUGGUUAAUCUUUAAAUUAUUUUCUCAUUGUCUGUUGAGGCAGUGAUUGGAUCAAAAGAAUACUGGGACAAGUUCGAGUAUACCCACAGGAGUUUGACUACAGUAGCAUCUAGCAGUAGCCACAGUGAACUUCUAAAGAUGGACCGUGAUCCUGACCAUAAAGCCUGGAUGUCUCUCCGCCUGUCUCGUGUACUGGACGAUAUUGGCGUUAACCGCCGGGUGGUUAGGAAAAGGCGGGACACGUUCCUGCUGAGGGAAGCAGUAGAAACUAUAACGGACAAAAUAUCUGGUUCAAACAAAACGAACUUCCAUUUCGGCAGCCAGUCAGAGGGAUCUACAACGUUAGGGAUGAAUUCAGAUAUCGAUCUGCUUAUAUGCGAUAAUGACACCAACAUCAUGUCUGACUGGUUAGACUGGGAGGCCGGGAUGCAGAACUUUCUAAAGGUGAAGGAGGAGUCAACUCCGCCACAACACUACUGGCUACAGUGGAUCAGACAUGACUCUCCAGAACUUGUCAGAUAUAACGGACAGGAACAUUACUUACCACAUAUAGAUGGACGAGUGUUUGUAAGUAAUAAAGGAUGGCAAGAUCUAGGUAAACGGGAAUAUGGAAAUGACUUCAGAUGUAGUGGUCCUUCAGUAAGUUUCUGUGAAGAAUGGGAUAUUGUUCACGCUUACAAAUGUAAAGUUCUUCCUCCGGAAGUUGACCGGUGGUUUCACCGUCCCAGACGUGGACAUUGGCCUACACCGGAAAUGAUGCAGGCUGCACGGGAAUGCUCUUGUUUUCUUGUUCCUGAUGGACAUUUUGAGAGUCUGAAUGAAAAUAUUGAAUGGCGAUUAUCACCAAGCCAAAUAGAACGAAUUCUUGUUUUUAGUUUUACAACAGUGCAGUUAAAAUGCUAUGUUGUCUUGAAAAUGAUAAAAAAAUAUAUAAUGGAACAAUAUUUAAGUCAUCAUAGUAAGCUAACUUCGUUUCAUUGCAAGACCGUUAUGUUCUUUACAAUCGAGAGAAUAUCCCGAGAGGAGUGGAGAGAAGAUCGGCUCAUAGGGUGCAUAGGAUAUUGUUUGCAAACACUGGAAUUUUUCUUGAUGAAAGGUUAUUGUCCACACUAUAUUAUUCCUGAAGUGAACCUAUUCGAAGGAAAAAUCACACGCGGAUACCAACUGUUAUUAUUGGGGAAGAUAAAAGAGAAUUUAAAUAAUAAUCUAAUGAUACUGUACGAUUUACAGUACGAUAGCUUAGGACAAAGGUUUCGCAAUCCUACCACCGACAUGUUUGAAACACGAUCAACAAUAUGUAGGAAGAUUAAUAAUGCUUUAGCAGGCGACUUAAUAAAACAGGUUAAUAUAAGGUUUUUAGAUAUGGCGAAUAAUGAGUUAAAUCCUGAACAGUAUCUGCGAUUAUUUACUGUUUUAUCUAUUAUACCUGAGGAUGAUUACAUCAUACAUAUAUUAACUCGUUAUGAGCGACGGGUAAUUUCAGUGUUAAAGCCACUCAUUUACUCCUUCUUAGCAUCAGUUACUUCGUCAUUUUACAUACAACAUGAACUUCAAUUCACACAAGAAAUAAUUCUUUUCUAUGAACGUUCUCUUGACACUGACGUGACGUCCAGCAGGCUGAAACUGGCGUCCAUGUUAUAUUGCCGGGGAGAUUUUCGCAGAGCGGCAGACGUGCUGAAUAACGUUGAACGUAGAUAUGACGAUAAUGUGCAUGCUGUGCGUGGCUGUGGAAGGAGGUUUAGAAGUGUAGAACCCCCCGAGUUGUUAAGUGAAAAAAUAAUGAACGAUUGGAACUUUGACACAGCCAUACAAAAAGUUGCCCACUUUGUAAGGUUUACACGUUUUGAAGUUUUUUGUGUACCUCAAAUUUUGCUAUAUGAAAUGAACAGGGCAGUGAAUGACGACGUUCAAUUUAGAGAUGUAACGGAACGUCGCUGGAUGGACAUGGCCGUAGUAGACUCUCGACCAUACCUCUUUUACCUGCAAUAUAUCACGUACGGGAAACUGGGACUUCGCCACAGACAAGUUCAGGCACACCGUAAUUUAAUAAACUGUUUUAGAAACGAAGACAUGAUAAAUACAAUGCAUCACCCCGAGACUGCUGAUAACUUACUUGGCCACUGCUGGGAGAUGGAGGGAAACCUGCUCGAAGCGCUUAGAUGCUACAGGAACUCAAUAAAUAAUGUUCCGAGAAAUAAUGCUGCCAACUGGCAUAUCAGGAGACUAAGAGCAAUGUUUUGAAAUUGAAUGAUAGGAUGGCGACUGCAACCGUUACAUAUUAUAGACUAUGUUGACGUAUAUCGUUUGCUUAUGUAAUAUUCUUGUAUAGUGUAAUAAAGAAAUGUAAUGAAUGAAUAAACAGAUCCAUUUAAAACACUUUGCAUGGUUUGAACAGCUUUCAUCGGUAUAAACAUUACAUGUAUUUGAAAUAUGUGAUAUAUUUGGUACAGAAUUUAAACAAAGCUCGUCAGAUCAUGUGUAUUACGGAAAGCUAAUAGAAGUACUAGGGCGUAACUCAUAAAAGUACUUAAGUCAUUCCAUAACCUUUUUAAGUAAAUUUCCUAAAAUGUUCAUAGUCAAAUUGAAGAACAGUAUAAGUUGUUUUAUCAUAAACGUAUGUAUUUCGAUAAAGUCAAUGAAAAUGAAGUUUUGUAGACAUUAUUAAGUAAUUAUAUCAUAUGAUAAGAGAGAUACUUAACUUAGGAAAAUGACUUGUGUUAUGAAAUGACUUCAGCUGUUUUAUGCAUACCGGCCCAAAGUUGCAACAGUAGUUAGGUUUGGGCGGAGAAAAGAAAAAUGCCUCAAACAUUGAUAGUACAUUUAACGAAAGGGUGAUAUAUUAUGAUUCGGAAAAAAAACUAAAAAAGACAAAGAAAAUACAAAUGUCAAAGUAAUCGAAUUAAUGCCAGUAUGUGUUAAAUAAGGGUGUAAAUUGGCGUUCUAUAUUUAAAAUAUUCAUAUUUUGAAAAUAUUCUAAGUAAUCUAACUUACAAUUAUAUAUAUCUUUAUAUAUAUGAUGCAGUUCAUGUGUUUUGUGUAAUAAUACGUCUUGUAAAAUUGUACUCCAAACCGUAUCGAUAAUCUUAUCUUGUAAACUUGCUCAUGUUUUUGGACCAAACAUCCCGGUAAUGCAUCUGAACACACUUAUUUUAUCCUUAUUUUACUCUAUCAUAUCAAAAUGGCAGAAUAAAAUAAAGUUAUAGCAUAAAAAGGUAUUUUGGUUUUUGUGGGGUUAGAAUCCACGCCGAUAAAGUCAAGAUAAAAGAAGAACACGGCCAGCUGGUCCACACGGCAACCGGGACUUUAACAAAAUCGGUGGAUAUGUUGAAGUGUUAAGGAUACAUUGAUAACAUCACGUAAUAAUGUCAAUAAACCAAUCACGCAAAUCAACAACAGUUAUUAAUUUAAUAUCGCGUUACUUACGCUAUUGGAAAUUCUGGCCCCAAUAUCACGAAAAUACUUAAGUCAAAUCUCAAACUCAGUCUCAACACAUUCUACCACAUAGCAUCAAAAUUUGUUAAAAAUCAUAUAUGUUUUUUACAGUUUUAUAAUCACAUUCUAUCAUAGAAUAUGCUUUAAAAAGCCUUUGGUCAAAUUCCAAGGUAAAUCUCUUCUACAGCCAAAAAAGUAUAUGAGUACAAUUAUGUAUUCUUUAUAAAAUACUCAAGUAUUUUUUUUGCUCUAGAAUUAGUUUUCUUUGAAAUAUUGAAAAAAAAUAUUUUUAUCAACAAAUUCUUUAAGAAAAUACAUUUUCAAAAAGUGUAAAACUUGAAAGAUUUUGAAAAAAAUUAUGCUUUUAUAUGGUGACAUGAGUUGAGACUGAGUUUGAGAUUUGACUUAAGUAUUUUCGUGAUAUUGGGGCCGGGUCUUCAAAGACGUUAUCUGAACAAAUAUCAACAUUUGCUGAAGGGUUCAAACUUGUUAUGUUUGCUUUUACACUCCUUAUAGAUUGUAACACUUUCGUAAUUAAAAAAGCGCAUUUUAAAAACCAUGAGCGAAUUACUUUAAAUCGGAAGAAAUGUUGUUUUUUUUAUCUGUGAUUAUUAAUCGAUACAGUAAGCAUUGUUCAUAAUGUUUGCAUUUUAAUAAAGUAAAUUAAUGAACUAAGAACACGAAUAUGUAUAACCAAGAUUACAUUUAAUAUUUU